UCAGCAUGGCAAAUACCGCGCAGGAAUCAGCUGGAGUACUUGAGAAAGCCGAAAACUGGGUCCAGCAGCACGAGAUACCCCGAAAAGUACUACAUGGUUCUAUUGCUAUUAUCACGCUGUACCUGUAUGUCCAUGGAACACACCUGAACCAAGUAACGCCAGUGCUCAUAGCUAUGCUGGUGCCUAUCGCAACGAUCGAGGUGUUUCGGUUUGCGUCGCCCGAGCUCAAUCGGGCCUACAUUCAAACCGUCGGCCCACUUAUGCGAGAAAGCGAGAAAACCGGUGCCGUGAACGGCGUGAUAUGGUAUCUUGCGGGCCUUAUUGUUGUAUUCAGCAUUUUCCCGAAAGAUCUCAGUGUGCUGUCUGUUCUGCUCCUGUCGUGGGCCGACUUGAGUGCUUCGACAAUUGGACGGGCCUAUGGCAAAUACACGCCCCAACUGUACAAAGGCAAGUCGCUUGCCGGUAGCUUUGCUGCGUUUAUCUGUGGCAUCGCGCUCACUUGGCUGUGGUAUGGCUACUAUGUCCCGGCUUACAACCAAUUCAAUCUGCCCCAGGACAUUUUAUGGACCGCCGAGAGCUCUAGGCUGUCACUACUGAGCUAUUCGGUAACUGUCGGAGUCGUGGUUGCCGUUGCAGAACUGUUUCCGAUUAUAGAUGACAAUUUCAGCAUUCCGGUCGUGUCAGCUACCGCUCUGUGGGUGAUUUUGCAGGCCGCCAAACGGAACUAG